CCUGCGCCCCCUGCCCGCGGCCCGCCGCCCGCGCCUCGCCAGCCGGGGGCCCCGUCACUUUGGCCCGGCCCCGGGCCCCGCCGAUGCCGGCCAUGGUGGAGAAGGGCCCCGAGGUCUCAGGGAAGCGGCGAGGGAGGAACACGGCGGCCGCCGCCGCCUCGGCCGCCGCCUCGGCCGCCUCGGCCGCCGCCUCGGCCGCCGCCUCGGCCGGCACCGCCUCCGCCUCGGCCGCCGCCGCCGCCGCGGCCGCCGCCGCCCCCAAUAAUGGGCAGAAUAAAAGUUUGGCGGCGGCGGCCCCCAACGGGAACAGCGGCAGCAACUCCUGGGAGGAGGGCAGCUCGGGCUCGUCCAGCGACGAGGAGCACGGUGGCGGCGGCAUGCGCGUGGGACCCCAGUACCAGGCGGCCGUGCCCGACUUCGACCCCGCCAAACUGGCAAGACGCAGUCAAGAACGAGACAAUCUUGGCAUGUUGGUCUGGUCACCUAAUCAGAAUCUUUCAGAAGCAAAACUGGAUGAGUACAUCGCCAUUGCCAAGGAGAAGCACGGGUACAACAUGGAACAGGCUCUUGGGAUGCUCUUCUGGCAUAAACAUAAUAUUGAAAAAUCACUGGCCGAUUUGCCCAACUUCACCCCCUUUCCAGAUGAGUGGACAGUAGAAGAUAAAGUCUUAUUUGAACAAGCUUUUAGCUUUCAUGGGAAAACUUUUCAUAGAAUCCAGCAAAUGCUUCCUGAUAAAUCCAUAGCAAGUCUGGUGAAGUUUUACUAUUCUUGGAAGAAAACGAGAACCAAAACCAGUGUGAUGGAUCGUCAUGCGAGGAAGCAGAAACGGGAGCGGGAAGAGAGUGAGGAUGAACUGGAAGAAACAAAUGGAAGCAACCCCAUUGACAUUGAGAUUGAUCCAAACAAGGAAAACAAAAAGGAGGUGCCCCCUACUGAGACAGUUCCUCAGGUCAAAAAAGAAAAGCAUAGCACACAAGCUAAAAACAGAGCAAAGAGGAAGCCUCCGAAGGGAAUGUUUCUUUCCCAGGAAGACGUGGAAGCCGUGUCUGCUAAUGCUACUGCAGCAGCUACUGUGCUGAGACAGCUGGACAUGGAGCUGGUCUCCAUCAAGAGACAGAUUCAGAACAUUAAGCAGACAAACAGUGCUCUUAAAGAAAAGCUUGAUGGUGGAAUAGAGCCUUACCGACUUCCAGAGGUCAUUCAGAAAUGCAACGCACGAUGGACUACAGAAGAACAGCUUCUCGCCGUACAAGCCAUCAGGAAAUAUGGGCGAGAUUUUCAGGCGAUCUCAGAUGUGAUUGGGAACAAGUCAGUCGUUCAGGUGAAAAACUUUUUUGUAAAUUAUCGGCGUCGCUUCAACAUAGAUGAAGUUUUACAAGAAUGGGAAGCAGAACAUGGUAAAGAUGAGACCAAUGGGCCCAGUAACCAGAAACCUGUCAAGUCCCCUGAUAGCUCCGUCAAGAUCCCCGAGGAAGAAGAUGAGGCUGCUUCUGUCCUCGACGUAAGAUACGCAUCUGCCUCAUGAAAACUGCUGGUAGCUUUGAACACUUGGUAUGGGCGACAUGUUAUCCAGAUAUCAGGUAUUACAAGACAUCACCUAGCCAUCUGCAUCACAUCUCUGUGGACAAGCAGCUAUUACCAAAAAAGGCAUACACUUCAGUCCUGUGCUACAUCUGCCUUAAUUCUUUGCUCGUUCCUCCAUGUUGGCACGACUUCCCAGAGAGCUCUGUUGCAUCUCAUUCUGCCUAAGGGCUGGGGGACCCAUGGCCUGCACACCUCCCUCGAGUCUGGGACCUACCCUCCAGUUGGCUCCCCCGAGCCCCAACAGUGGCAGCUCUCCCAGUCAACAGCUUCAGAACAGGUAGUCUUGAUGAAAGGCCCAGCUCUGUUCCUGCAUGGCCUGCAGUUUCUACUUUGUGCAUAGUGUAAUUCCAGAAGGCCUCAUAGGCCUUCUAGAAGAUUUCUCCCCUUCUCUGGGGAAGCCACCUAAGUAAUAUCAUGCUUCUUUGGAAAUCACAGCCCAUUGGCAGACCACAUCAUAACCUUUUUCAUACCAAGCUCCCUGGUAUAACUCCUGUUUCCCUAAACAGAAAGUGGAAUUAUGGUGGAGAAAUCAGGUGGCUCCUCUCCCCUUUCUCUUCUCCUAACUUUCCCCUUUCUCCCUUUCCAAGAGAUAAAAGCUCAUUUGAAGCAGCUGUCCCUGACAUUGUAGCUUACUGGGAGCGUGGACCUCAAUGCUUUCUUUCUGCCUUCAGCCUUCAGCAUUGGAAUCCCAGGGUGGGGGUACACCCACCUCCUCUUGAUUCCCCAGCUACCACUAUCAUCACCCAACUCUGAGAAAUCUGGUUCAUAUCACUGUACCUGGUGCUUGUAAUUUGGAAUUGGUGCCUUCUCCUCCUGGCAACCAUGUUAUCAAUCACUUUUCUGUUCAAGUGUCUUAUUUAACGUUUAUUGCUUGCCAAAGAUGACAUCAUUGAGGUGUAGCAGAUGGGGAGAGCUUCAGCAGAUUUGACUUGAAACGUCAGGUCGGCUCAGGAGAGGACAUGAGGGAAGCUAGGGGUGGUUUCUUAGAUCUGCGCCCCCUUAGCGCUCACUCUUGGUGUGCCUGCCCAUUGGGUGUCGCUCCAUGUGUCCUAUGUGUCAUUUAUAUGCUGGUGUGAUCACACACACACCAUCCCCUCUCUUUUAGCAGCAGAUAGGACAGAAAAGUGAUGGAUGUUUUGCUUAGUGAGACCAGCAUGCAAACCAGUCUACAGAGUGGUAUGUGAUACCAUCUGUUUAGACUGGGAACAAGCGAAGAUUGCUAAUAAAUGUUCUGAGACUUCCAGAAUCACUUUUGCUCUCUUACCAGACUGUGGGCCUGCAGGGGUUGAGGGGCAGCCGGUCAGACUGCGUUCUAGCAUCCAUGGCCAGUUGAGACUGCACUAACCAUGUGGAAAUAUCUUUUGUUGUUGUUCGCAGUGUUUGAAUAUUUUUUCUGCUUUCAAUACCAAAAAGAGGAGAGAAAAAAAGUAGAUGCUUUAAGAUAGGAACAGAGUUCUUAAGAAUUUAAAAUAUGCAAUUAAAAUUCGAUGUUUUUGACUCCUAAGCACCUUCCCUUUUUUUUUUUUUUUUUUUUUUUUUUUUUAAAUAAUUUUUUAAAGUUAGCUGAUGUUCUCUUUAGAAAGAGGUUCAGCUAUAGAAAUCUAGAUUGGGAGUGGGGUGUACAUUGUUUUUGAGAGGUCUGGAGAAAGGUCAUUCCAAAGGAGAGUGUAGAGGGACUUUGUUCAUCUGUCCCACACCAGGUGCCCAUUGAUAAGAGUGUGUGGAACAGUGCAAGGCACAGCCCACUGCUGCUCUAUAGGGACAGGUGACAGACUAACACUAGCGAGGAAUCCACUUUCUUUUGUGUUUUUAUCAUAAACCUGCUGUGUAACACAAAGGGGAAGGAGAACAUGAUGGGGUCAGAGGUCAGCCCGCACUUUGUGCCUCACUCACAGGGACACUAAGGCGCCUGAUAAAGCUCUGCUCGCCUAGCUUUUUGCAUGUCCUCUCUCGGUGAGCAGAAGCAGUGUGGAUGGUUGCUACAAUGGCUUUCACGCUCUGCCAGUGGUUCUACGUCUGUCUUUGUGCUGGGGCUACUUUAGAUUUGUUCUUCCUUGUCGGUGCGAUGGGCAGAGCGCAGCGCCAGGCACCAGGCUCCUCUGUACUGUCUUCCUGGUUCCAAGCAGCCGGGACAAGUCGGGUGUCAGAGUGACUAUGAUCAGAAUAGCUGGUUUUGGCUUUUUCUCCAAGGGAAAGAGGCAUGCCAUUUUCAUUAGACAAAGGGGGUCUUUGUCUGGCUGAUGUUGGAAUAGUCUUCAUGUUUUAAACGUUUCGUGACACAGUCUGCAGUGAUGUAAAUCCAAGAAAUCACUUAGCUUUCAAAGCUGAGGGCUCUGGUCUUGAACUGUGACUGUUCAACAUGUCAAAAAUUAGGUGCAUCAGCAGGUUAGGUUUGGACAUGACGCCUGCUUCAGAUGGAAUGUCACUUAAGCUUUGCGUUCUUAAAAAUUAUCAAUGUGAAUGUCAUAAUUAUAUAUUUUUGUGGGAAAAUCUUCUAAAUAUAAGUUAUUGUGCAAAAUAUAGUAUCAUGGACACAAAUAAUAGUCUAACUUUUAGUUUAGAGAUCCCUAAAGAUAUAAACUGUAUUGCGUAUGCAUUAAAAGUUUGUUUUAUUUAAUUUUAUGUAGACAUGUAAAGUGUUUAGGUAAUUCUUUUUGCUUACCCACAUAAACACCCUGUUACUUGAAUAUUGUGUUGACUGGUCGGCAGCGGUGAUCGAUUGUGUAACAGCUCUUUCGCUGGGGCCCAGCCUCAGUUAGGCGCUGUGUCAGCAGGAGCAGAGGUUCAUGCCCCACAGCACUGUCACCGUCUCUUUGUCUGUCAAGGCAGCUCCUAAUGGUGGCUUCUGGCAGUUUUUACAAGGCCCACACAAUGAUGGUCACAACCUUACUCACAAAAACGAAGGCGAGAACGUUUGCUGUGGACUAAUUAAGCAGUUGUUUUCUGUUUAUACAGUUUUCUCAGUACCACACACCGCUCUAAGUGAGUUCGUUGUCACUUUAAAUUGCAACUAUACCCUGCUUUUAUCUUUCUAAAUAUCAGAUGUACUAUUGGUAUAAUUGCACACCAAAAAUAAGCCCAGCAGUGCAUUACACUAACUGGAUCCCUGCUUCCAUGUAAGCAAAGGAGAGACAGAACACAGCCUGUCUUUCUCUCAUGUCUACCCUUUUGUACACCCAGUGACCCAGGGUACAAGUUUUCAGUAUCAAGUCAACUUGGCCCCAGAUUGACUAAGGCAGGUGGAUCAUCUGAGCCUAACGGUCCUGUGCAAUGCUCCUCCCGCCUCUCCCUGGGUCUUUGCAACUGCUUCUCACUGUAGUAAAGCACAAUUGCAGGAAGGUUCCAAUUCAGAAGGAAGGUCAGCAGAGUCUAUGCAUGUUGUAAAAUAGUGAGUGUUUACAGCCACCUUCUCUAAAACGAAAAUUUAUACUGGAGUGGAUAGCAUUCCAUUAUGUAGACUUAAAAACUUUGCUAAGUGCUUUUUAGAUUGCUUAAAAUUUUUUCAAGAUUUUAAAAGAUGUAUAAGGUUAAGUUUGCAAAUAUAACGGAAAUGCUGUAUAUCUUUUGGAGUGAUAAAAUCCAUGUUAAAUUUUAAAGAAACUAUGUUGUAAUAAUGCUGUUGUAAGUAAUAUUUCCAUGUCUCUCUUUGCUUGUUUUCUAGUUCAGCACAGUUAUUGUGGUGAAUGUCCAUAGCAUUAUAACUGCUUAGCCAUUGGAUUAUAACAUUUGUUAGUGGAGAUUGGGAAAUUUAUUUGUGAAAUUCUGCAGAAUUCAUUUUUCUAUUUCCAAUAUUUGCUGAAGUUAAAUAAAAAUUUUCAAGCCAUUGAUGUAAUAAAAUAUGAAACAAAACAA